AUGUUGAGGCAAAUGUCAAUUUAUAUUUUAAUGCUUGCUUUUGUUGAUUUAAUGGUGAUUUUAACUAUACUUCUACAUCUUCCUUAUAUGAUUACUGGCCAAUGGAACUUGGGAAUUUUUUGUUGUAAAUUGUUGGUAGCUGUUGAAAAUAUUAAUAAAUUAUUUUCUGUGAUGAUAUUAACUUGUAUGUCUAUUGAACGUUUUAUUGUUGUUUGCCGACCAUUUGAAUAUUGGGGUAUUUCUGGAUUAAUUAAUCGAAAACGCCAAAUUUGUGAUUCCUUCAUUUUAUUAACAAUUUUAUUAAUUACUGUUGGAAUAUUUUGUUCACCAUUUAUUUAUUAUGCCAACGUUAGCCGUGAAAUUUUUAUUUUUUCUGAUGGAAAUGUGCACAAAGGAAAUACUUUUUGUAGUUCUCAUUUGCCUGAAAGAUUAAUGGCAAGUUUUUGGGGCUAUAUGGUAUUUUUUGGAUUUUUAGUGCCUUUUCCUGUUAUUAUAUUUUGUUAUGCUGGAAUAAUUCACCAUUUGAGGAGAAAACCGAAUGGAUUUAUUUCAACUCAUUCAAAACCUGCCGUUCGCUCAAUUCUUCGAGUUGUUAUUUUUCAUUUUCUUUGUUGGACACCAUUUUGGAUUUUUGUUUCUUUACCUUUACUUUCACAUUUUAAAUGGGUUAAUAUUGAACCUUUAUUUGAAUUUUUGCCUUUUAUUAAACAAAUUAAAAUUAUUGCAAAUGUUUUGCCAUGUGUUAACAGUGCAUUUAAUUGGAUAUUUUAUGGUAUGAUGAAUAGCCAACUCCGAGAUUCAAAUAAUUCAAUUGGAGGAGGUAGACACCCUUAUAUGUCUAUAGCUAUGUUGCCUAGAACUGCUUCAUUUUCUAACAAAAGGCGUUCAACAUCAAGAUCAACACGUUCAUUAUUGGCAACUAGUCGAUUAUAA